CCGGAGCCGAGCUGUGCCAACCCUUCCGCCCUCGUGCGACCCGGACCUCGCAGCACCCGCCGCUGUCCAGCCGCUACAGAAAUGACCGAAGCCCAGAAGCGGAGGGAGCUGCUCCCGCUCAUCCACCACCAUCUGGUGCAGGCUGGCUACGUGAGGGCGGCGCGGGAGGUGAAGCUGCAGAGCGGCCAGAAAACUUUCCCAGCACAAUCAGUGACGCUUCUGGACAUCUAUACCCACUGGCAACAAACUUCAGAAGUUGCCAAGAAACGCAAGGCAGAAGAAGCAAUUGGAGAUAUUCCCUAUAAGGUCAGAGUGUCUGAUCCUACAAGCAGCUCUGAGAGCUCAGAGGAGGAAAAGGAACAAGAGAGAGUGGGGAAAACAGUAAAAAUCACCAAAGUGCCAUACUCCAACUCUGUAUCUGUGACAAAGGACACCCAAUUCAAGAAUUCACUGUCAAAACCUAAGGAGAAUGUCAAGACGAAGAAUAAGAAAGGAACCACUAAGACCGUGGUGACCUCAGCAUCAUACCCUGACCCCCUUGAAGCACAAAUCACGUCUGGAAAGCCAGGCCUAACGGUGUCGGUGCAGUCCCCUUCCAAAAAGUCCCCAGGAGCCCCCAGAAAGCAGGCAGCACAGCCUCCGAACAGUAGCUUGACCACACACAGGGAGGAAAAGAUCACUUCCCCUGUUGUUAAGCCAGUUUCGAAACCUGCCCCAAUGCCUCCGGACAAGAAGACGGAGACCAGCAGCAGUGAGGACUCCUCAUCGGAUGAGACAGAUAUAGAGAUGGAGAAAGCAAUGGGAACUCCCCAGGGCAACUCUGCCUUGGUGAGAGGUGACUCUGCUGCCUCAGUUCCCACCAAGGGGUCCCAGGAGAAAGUAGUCACCCCAUCUCCUGGGAGAUUAGUGACUGAACCUCCAACAGCCAAGGAGAAGAGUCCAGAAGAGACUUCUGAGAGCAGUGAUGAGUCCGAGAGUGAUGAGGAUGCCCCAUCACCCCAGGGACAGAUACAGGAAGUGAAAACGCCUCAUCUCGGCGCAGUACCGGGGAGAGUAGGCAAUACCAUUCCAACCACAGGGAAAAUCGUCACUCCAUCCUCCAAACCGAAUUUGGGGCUGCCCUCAAAGGCAGCUACAGCCCAGAAGGCAGAGGAGAGUUCAGAGACCAGUGAGGAGUCAGAAAGUGAAGAGGAGGAUGCGUUGUUUCAGAAGCAACCGGUUAAAACUGCCCCAGCCUCUGGUACCAAAGUAUCCCCAGGGAAAGGGGCCCUUCCUGUUCCUGGUAAGUCAGUGACUUCCAGCCUCCAGGCCAAGGUAGCAGAACCUGGAAAUCCAGAGACUAGUUCUGAGAGCAGUGAUGAAUCAGAGAGUGAUGAAGAAGCCUCAGCACCACAGGGACAGGAAAAAUCAUCUGUGAAGAUUCCCCAGGCCAAUGCCAUAACAGAAAAUCGAGUCCCUGCCCCUUCAAACCUCACUAAGGUGCCCCUGGGAAAAGGGGCCCUCCAGGCCAAGCUAGGACCCUCAGCCAAUGUACCAGGAUUCAGUUUUCCAGAGACUAGUUCUGAUAGCAGUGAGGAUUCAGAGAGUGAAGAGGACGUCAUAGUACCCCAGAGACAGGGAAAAUCAUCAGGGAAGUCUCCCCAAGCCAGUGCUACACCAGCGAAAGGGCCCCUUCUUGCUGCUGGAAAACCAAUAACUUCAGCCCCCCAGGCCAAGACGGGGCCAUCAGCCCUCCAGGCCAAGACAGGGCCAUCAGCCCUCCAGGCCAAGACAGGGCCUUCAACCAUGGCAUUAGAACCUGGAAGUUCAGAGACUAGUUCUGAGAGCAGUGAGGAGUCAGAGAGUGAAGAAGAGAUCAAAGCACCUCAGGAAAAGGAAAAAUCACCAGUGAAAAUUUCCCAGGUUAAUGCCAUUACAACAAAAGUUGCUCCUGCCCCAACCCAAGGGCCCCUGGGGAAAGAGCCCCUUUCUGUCCCUGGGAAGUCAGGGACUCUGACUUCUGGAGUCAAGGCACCAUCAGCUGCUGAGGCCUCUGGGUCAGAGAGCUCUGAGAGCAGCGAGGAGUCAGAAAGUGAAGAGGAAACCCCUACACUCCAGACCCAGGUGAAGCCUUCAGGGAAAGCUCUAGCCAAAGCCACCCCUGCCCCAUCAACUAAGAGCCCUCUUCACACUCCUGGGAGAACAGCGACUGCAGCUCCCAGUGCGCAGGUGAGACCUCUAGCCAAAGGAGUGGGAGCUGGAGGCUCAGAGGAGAGUUCUGAGAGCAGUGAGGAGUCUGAGAGCGAAGUGGAGACUCCUGCAUCCCAGGGACGGGUGAUAUCAUCUGUGAAAACUCCUCAGGUCAAAACCUCUCCUACCAAAGGGCCCUUGGGGAAGGGAGUUCUUCCAGCUCUGGGGAAGUUAGUUACUGCAGCUUCCAGUGCCAAGGGGACAUCUCUGGCCAAGGCAGUAGGGCCUGGGAAGCCAGAGGAGAGUUCUGAGAGCUCUGAGGAAACAGACAGUGAGAUUGUGGUACCUGCAUCCCAAGGACAGGUAAAGCCAGCAGUGAAAGCUCCACAAAUCAAUACCUCCUCACAGAAAGCAACCACUGUUACCUCCAUCUCCUCCAAGCACACUCAAGGGAGAGCGUCUGCUCCAGCUCCCUGGAAGUCAGGGACUGUGCCCCUCCAGGCCAAAGCAGCAGGACCUGGGAGACCCAAGGACACUUCUGAGAGCAGUGAGGAGUCAGAGAGUGAGGAGGAGACCCCAGCAUCCCAGGGACAGGCAAAGCCCACAGUGAAAGCUCCCCAAGUGGACACCCCUCCAAGGAAAGGGGUCCCUGUCACUCCUAUUUCUGCUAAGGGCACUCAGGGGAGAGUGUCUGCUCCAGCUGCCUGGAAGUCAGGGACUGUGCCCCCCCAGGCCAAAGCAGCAGGACCUGGGAGACCCAAGGACACUUCUGAGAGCAGUGAGGAGUCAGAGAGUGAGGAGGAGACCCCAGCAUCCCAGGGACAGGCAAAGCCCACAGUGAAAGCUCCCCAAGUGGACACCCCUCCAAGGAAAGGGGUCCCUGUCACUCCUAUUUCUGCUAAGGGCACUCAGGGGAGAGUGUCUGCUCCAGCUGCCUGGAAGUCAGGGACUGUGCCGACUGUGCCCCCCCAGGCCAAAGCAGCGGGACCUGGGAGACCCAAGGACAUUUCUGAAAGCAGUGAGGAGUCAGAGAGUGAGGAGGAGACCCCAGCAUCCCAGGGACAGGCAAAGCCCACAGUGAAAGCUCCCCAAGUGGACACCCCUCCAAGGAAAGGGGUCCCUGUGGCUCCUAUCUCUGCUAAGGGCACUCAGGGGAGAGUGUCUGCUCCAGCUGCCUGGAAGUCAGGGACUGUGCCGACUGUGCCCCCCCAGGCCAAAGCAGCAGGACCUGGGAGACCCAAGGACACUUCCGAAAGCAGUGAGGAGUCAGAGAGUGAGGAGGAGACCCCAGCAUCCCAGGGACAGGUAAAACCUGCAGUCACAGUUUCUCCAGGUUUGGAGGGAAAGAAAGGGACCACCAUAUCAUCUCCCAGAAAGUCAGCAGCGGCCUCCCUUCAGGUGGCGAAGGUAGAUUCCAGCAGCUCAGAUGACAGCUCCAGCAGCAGUGAUGAUUUGGUGAUCCCAGCAUCCCAAAGACAGGUAAAGCCAUCGGUCCAAGCCCCCCAGGGCAAAGUUGCUGAGAAGCCAACUGUCCCCCUCACCACAGUGGAGGAGACAUCAUCAGAGAGCACCGAGGACACCGAGAGUGAAGAAGAGGAUGUCCCAACUCCUCAGGGGCAGGUAAAAACUGCAGUGAAAAGUACUCAGGUCAAUGCAGCCUCAGGAAGAGAGAGCAAAAGCACACCAGCCUCAGGAAAGUCUGUGCCUUCAUCGAAGACCAUGAUAACAGGGCCUAUAGAGCAAGAGGAACAUUCUGAUAGCAGCAGCGAGGAAUCUGAAAGUGAAGAUGAAGUGGUCCUGGUGUUUCCAGGGCAGGUAAAACCUACCAUGAAGACUCCUGAGGUCACUGCACCCUUAGCAAGAAAGAAAGAGCCCACACCAGCCUCUGGGAAGUCUGUGACUCCAUCCCCCCAAACCCAGGUGGGGCCUCCGGCCAAGGUCAUUGGAACUGCAGUAUCAGAGGAGAGUUCUGACACCGGUGAUGAGUCUGAGAGUGAAGUGGUGAUCCCUGUGUCCCAGGAGCAGGUUUCAUCAGGGAAGAAGGAUGAGAAAUCCGGAAUUGCUAAGAACAGUGUGGGGAAAGUGUCUGCCGCAUCUCCAGACAAGCAGUUGGCUUCACCUGGUGCUACCAAGAGCCAGAAAUCAGAAGUUAGCAAUGGGGAGCCGCCAGCUGCCCAGACCAAGCAGGACAAGAAAUCUAAGCCUGCUGGGGGGACCCAAGCUUCCCAGGACAGCUUUUCUACGACCACUAGUAAUGGUAUGAAGAGUAAGCAAGAAGACUCAGACGUAGUCAAAGCAAAGCAGACACAAAAUCUAGGUCUUUCCCCUAAGGGCAGUGCUUCGGUGAAUGCAGAGAGCCUGGAGGAUUCUAGUGAAGAGGAAAUAAUAGAGCCUUCCCAGUCUAUUCUUUCAGCUUAUGCAUUUCCCAGUUCAUCUCUCCCUGUGUCCAUCAACCCUCAGCCACAGAAGUCACCUCCCAAGCAAAGACUUGCAGCACUUGCCUCUGCAGGCCCAGCCCUGCCAGCGUCUUCCAAAGGAGAUCCUCAGAGUGACAGCAGUGAUUCUGAGGCCGAGUGCGAGACAGAAUCGGUAGAGCAGCCUCCCCAAACUGGGAAAGAGUUGAAGACCUCAGUCUCUAGGCAUCAGGCGAUUAAGAAGUUCAGUCCAGACACAGUCAAUUGUAAACCUACCUCAUCCAAACAUGGGAUCAACAGUCAGAGUCCCGUAAAAUCUAUGGAUCCUUCCAACCUCCCUUCUCUAAUUCAACUCCAGAUAAGUGUUAAUGAGAACUCAGAGCUUAACAAUACAUCCCUCAACUCCAGGGCCUCUGGAAUGGGAACGCUCAGUGACCCAUCACAUCUAGAGAAGAAGAAAAAAAGUCCUGACUCUCAAAAGUCAGGCAAGGGGAGCAAGAAGCCAAAAUCAAAACGAAAACUGACAGAGGACAGCCCUGUUGCUAAAGCCCCCAAGAGCAAGAAGAAGAAGUUGAUGGGUGAAGUCCCUAAGGAAGGGGAGACGUUGCAAGAAAAGACCACUGAAACUCACAAGGUGGGGAAAAAAGAGAAAGGGAGUGGUGAUGCUAAAGGAAAGAAGCCAAAGGCAGCCCAUAGCUCCAAGAAGAACAAAGAGAAGCCUGAAGGAAACAUUACAGGCAUAGUGGGAGAAAGUGGAGAAACACUAGACACCAAGACCAAAAAGGAGAAGAAACAAAAAAAGAAAUCUGACAAGAAGAAGAAGGACAAGGACAAAAAGGAUAAGAAGAAGAAAAAGAAGUCCAUUUCCCAAAAUCCUGACCCUGCCUCAGUAUCCCUCCAGAAAGAGAAGAAAAAGAAAAAUAAAGUUAAACAAAUAGACUGAGAAGCAUUAAGCAGCAGGAUUUCUCUAGCCAAGUCUUGAAUGUCUGUGUCAACCUCUCACUUGGGGGAAAGAACCCAACCAAAUCCCAGCGUGACCUAUGAGCCAGUGGAUCCAGCAGGAGCACACUAGGGUAACGAGAGAGAGCACACCGCUCUUGAACGUGGCCCUAAUGAAUUGAGUGAUCUCCAUAGAGAUUAUGCCUAAUAUUUAUAUAUAUGUGUAUAUAUGUACAGUAUUUUUUAAAAGAGAGACUCUUCCCCUUCUCCCACUGACACUCCUAUUUCUAAAGGCCUUUGGUACUCCUUGGCUUCAGAACCUUUCCUUGCCCACUUUGCUUAGCUGUCCUUUGCCACCGCUGUCAUCGCCGAGGACAGACAGAGUUCAUUCUGAUGGAGUCUCAGUUUUAAGCAAGUGGCUACCUUUAAUUGAUUUUCCUGUGUCUGUUAACUUUUUACCUAACUUGUUUAUAAGGAACUCUGCAAAUUAAAAGAUUGGU